AAAUCCACCUUGGAACAGCUGACCCGCCGAGCUUCCUGUCUCUACAUCCGCAGCAGCAGCCGUUUGUUGUUGUUGUUUGUUUGUUUGUUUAUGUUUUUCCGCCGCAGACCGGCUCCGUUAACCGUGUGACGUCACCGCAGACCGGCUCCGUUAACCGUCUGACGUCACCGCAGACCGGACACGAUGAUUCCCACCGAGGACGCGUCCGCGAGGAAGCGAGAGAUCGAGGAGAAGCUGAAGCAGGAGCAGGAGACUCUGUCAUUCAUCCGAGAGAACCUGGAGAAGAGUGAUCAGCUGACCAAGGGCAUGGUCUCCAUCCUGUCGUCGUUCGAGAGCCGCCUGAUGCAGCUGGAGAACUCCAUCAUCCCGGUGCACAAGCAGACGGAGAACCUGCAGCGCCUGCAGGAGAACGUGGACAAGACUCUGUCCUGCAUGGACCACGUCAUCAGCUACUACCACGUGGCCAAAGACACGGACCGGAUCAUCAGAGAGGGGCCGACGGGCAGACUGGACGAGUACCUCGCUUGUAUUGCAAAGAUUCAGAAAGCUGUGGAAUAUUUCCAGGACAACAACCCGGACAGUCCAGAACUGAACACAGUGAAAGCUCGCUUCGAGAAGGGGAAAGAGCUGCUGGAGGCCGAGUUCCGCAGCCUGCUGACCCGCUACAGCAAACCCGUUCCCCCGAUCCUCAUCCUGGACGCCAUCAGCGUCGACGAGGAGCUGGAGGUCCAGGAGGAGGUGGUGCUGGAACACCUGCCUGAAGCCGUGCUGCAGGACAUCAUCUGCAUCGCCGGCUGGCUGGUGGAGUACGGGCGGAACCAGGAUUUCAUGAACGUCUACUUCCAGAUCAGGUCCAAUCAGCUGGAUCGCUCCAUCAAAGGUCUGAAGGAUCACUUCCGUAAGAACAGCGCCUCCUCCGGGAUCCUCUACUCGCCCGCCGUCCAAACCAAGCGGAAGGACACGCCCACUAAAAAGGCUCCCAAGAGACCAGGGACCAUUCGCAAGGCUCAGAACCUUCUGAAACAGUACUCACAGCAUGGGCUGGAUGGGAAAAAGGGGGGCUCUAACCUCACUCCUUUGGAAGGUUACGAUCACGACCUGCGGGUCAAACAUCACUCUGACGCCCUGACCGAGAAGCACGGGGCCGCCGCAGGGAAGGACGACGUUCUGGACAUCGAGAUCGACUCCUACAUCCACUGCAUCAGCGCCUUCGUCAAGCUGGCCCAGAGCGAGUACGCCCUGCUGACGGAGAUCAUCCCGGAGCACCACCAGAAGAAGACCUUCGACUCCCUCAUUCAGGAGGCGCUGGACAACCUGAUGCUGGAGGGGGACAACAUCGUGUCGGCCGCUCGCCGAGCUAUAAUGCGUCACGACUACUCGGCUGUCCUCACCAUCUUCCCGAUCCUCAGACACCUGAAGAUGAACAAGUCUGAGUUCGACUCGACUCUGCAGGGAACGGCAGCGAGCACCAAGAACAAGCUGCCCACACUCAUCACCUCCAUGGAGACGAUCGGAGCCAAAGCUCUGGAGGAGUUCGCAGACAGCAUCAAGAACGAUCCGGACAAAGAGUACAACAUGCCCAAAGACGGAACGGUCCACGAACUCACCAGCAACGCCAUCCUGUUCCUGCAGCAGCUGCUGGACUUCCACGAGACUGCCGGAGCCAUGCUGGCCUCGCAAGAGACGAGUUCAUCAGCGAGCAGCUACACCUCCGAGUUCAACAAGCGGCUGCUCAGCACUUAUAUCUGUAAGGUGUUGGGCAACCUGCAGCUGAACCUGCUCAGUAAGUCCAAAGUGUACGAGGACUCGGCGCUGAGCGCCAUCUUUCUGCACAACAACUACAACUACAUCCUCAAGUCUCUGGAGAAGUCCGAGCUGAUCCAGCUCGUGACGGUGACUCAGAGGAAAGCUGAGGGUUCGUACAGAGAGCUGAUCGAGCAGCAGAUCUUCAUGUACAAGAGCAGCUGGUUGAAAGUCACAGAGCACCUGACGGACAGGAACAUGCCCGUCUUCCAGCCCGGCACCAAGCUGAAAGAUAAAGAGCGACAAGUCAUCAAAGACAAAUUCAAGGGUUUCAACGACGGCCUGGAGGAGUUGUGUAAGAUCCAGAAGGGUUGGGCCAUCCCAGACAAAGAGCAGCGAGACUUCAUCCGUCAGUCUCAGAAGAAGGUGGUGUCCGACGCUUACAGGGCCUUCCUGCACAGAUGUGCCAACAUCUCGUUCACCAAGAACCCUGAGAAGUAUCACAAGUAUCGCCCGGAGGAGGUGGAGGAGAUGAUCGAAAGGCUGUUCGACACGUCCGCCUGAUCCUGGACCACAAACGCACCUCAGCACUACUGCCGCCCUCCCUCCCUCCCUGCGCGUGUCUGCUCGGUGUUUUGUACAAAGAUAUAAACAUGAUGUAUUUAUGUAAUUUAGCCGCUGCAGCUCAGCAUUUCAAACGAAUAAAGGGAAGUGUGUGAACGGAG